AUGGUUAAACCUACCACCUCCUCCGCUCCUGACACAAACAGUGACGCCAAAUUCACGGGUGUUCGAAAAAGGAAAUGGGGAAAAUGGGUGUCGGAAAUCAGACUACCCAACAGCCGGCAAAGGAUCUGGUUAGGCUCUUACGACACCCCUCAAAAGGCCGCUAGAGCCUUCGACGCCGCCCUUUUCUGUCUUCGUGGUUCCACAGCCAGAUUCAACUUUCCACACCAACCUCCUGACAUUCCCGGAGGGAGGUCCUUGCCUCCUUCACAGAUACAAGCUGCCGCUGCUCGCUUUGCAAAUGCUAACUGCACAAAUACUCCUACAACACACGAUCAUUCCUCCUCCCCCUCCCCCUCCCCCUCCUCCUCCUCCUGCAAUACCCACUCUGAUCAGCUCAACCAGACGGAUCAGGGUGAGAGUUGGACGUCCCAGCUGGAUCUAACAUCGCCCUUUCUUCAUGACUUCACCGACUAUUUGAAUCUUAAUAAUAACACGAGUAAUAAUACAGGAGGUGUGCCGGAUUUUGGUAUAUAUCCGGGAUUUGAUGAUUAUUUCAUGCCAUCGCCACCUGCGACUACUGAUGAUUACGGCCAUGAGCAAGCUGAGAACUAUGAUGGGAUCAUUUUGCAAGGCCCAUCGUUCCUCUGGAACUUUUAAAAUCUAGCUACAACACAGAAGCAUAUACGUAUACCUGCACCUAUAUAUAUAUAUAUAUAUAUAUAUGAUCGGAGAUUCUGGAAAAGUUUUAGUUGCCGGAGUUGCUGAUGUAAUACAUACAUAUAGUUACGUAUAACUAGGUAGCUCAUUAAUCAUGCGGAGUCGGAGAUGGACCACUUUUUAUACAUGGGACCAACUCUCCAUCAUUUUUUUGGUUUCUUUCACAAAUAAAUACUCGACUUGUGACUUAAAUUA